AUGACUACCGAAGUAAUUCCAGGUAAGACUACGGGCACAGACACGAGUUCUUCGAUGGGAGUAAAGCAAAAAGAUGCCAAGAUGCCGCCCCCAAUUCCUCAUGUUGAAUUGAACCAGCUUCCGUUGUCGAUGUUGUUAAGGAAUCUUACUACAUUUGCCGCAAAAGAAAUUAGCCAGUUCUUUAAACUUAAUGUGCACACUGGUGGAAAAACACCAUUUGAGAAGAAGCUAGAACUUCUUAACAUGAUCCUAUACCUACGUAACCAGUUUUUGAAGCUCUACGUGUUAGUGAAGUGGGCAAAGACGUUGAAACAGAACAAUUUCCACACUUUAAUCGACCUUUUGAAUUGGUUUCGCAGUACAAACAUGCAAGUUAAUAACUGUACCAUGGCUUUAAAACAGAUAUUGGGUACUAUGGCAGGUGCUAAAUUGCCAAAUCCUGACUUAAUUACCUCUUUAGAGGUUUUAAUGCUUGGAAGACCAAAUUUGCCAACUCAUGGGUUUAAUAUAAAUGGUGGGCAGACAGACAACCCACCUAUUCCGAAAGAACUUAUACUAAAAAGGAUAAGAGAUCUCAAUACAUGUCUUUCGGUCAAAAUUUCUCUUAUCGAUGUUCCUUCUCAGAUGUCCAACUAUCAAAUUAAAGAUGGGAGAAUUAUAUUCACAGUUAAGGACGAAUUCGAAUUACAAUUGUCCACAAUCGAUCAAAGCUCGCCGUUUUUCUUUGUCCAUCUGAAGCUACUGUUUAAUGAACGAUUACCACUGAAUCUUUCAAAGUUAGAAAAACAUAUUAAUGAUAUUCUAUUCAAAUCGGCAAAUCCUCUACAACUCUUGUAUCAAUUUUUACACAAAUAUACAUUAACAUUGCAAAUGUAUAUGAUACACGUCGAAUUGAAUACUCUGGAACUAAAUGGAAAAUAUUCUGGGGGUCAUUUGGUGCAUAGUUAUGAUUCCAAGAGGCAAAUAAUUACUCUAAAGUACUGGUUACAAAGUAAAAUUGCUAAUACGUGCAAAUGUAUCAUCGGUAUGGAUAAGGAAACUGAAUCAAUUGUCCUUGAGUGGCAAAAUCCUGACGUAAACAAAGACACAGUUGACACUAGGUAUCAUGGGCUAUUGAAUAAUAUUGAGUCUAUAAUUGAUGAAAUUACGUUCAAUCACGCUCAAAUGAUAAGAUCCGAUCUUUUGCGCACAGAAACCUUCCAAGAAGAUGAUGAAGAUACCACAUCCACAUCAUUGCUAUUUCAAAUACCGACAACUUGUGCCACAGUCUCUCAAAUACAACUAAAAAUUGAUCAAGUCAGUGGUAUAUUCUAUUUCCACAAUCCUUCUAAUCUAUUGUUAUCAUACGCUAGGCAAAUCAACCAAUGUUCAUCAACUAAAGAACUAAUUACUGUAUUGGGUAGGUUGAAGCUUGACAAAGUUGUCAGCAUACUUCGUCACAUGUUAGACAAGACGGGUUGGAUUUGUUCGGAUGUUAUUAAACUAAAGACGCCAAUUGUUCCAUCCACCGAUUCAACUUUUUCAAAAGACAUAUUUGUAAAAUUAAAAGACUGGCCUUCAAACUGGUUUUUAAUUUUAACCGUUAUUUCAUCAACGAAUACAUGUAUUGUUGAAAAAGCUAUCGGAAAAAUUACUUCUGUAAAGGGCACUUGGGAACUAAAGUAUAUGGACCGCAAAGAUGUGAUAUCCGCUAAAUUGGAUUCUAUGACAUACCCUAAGAUGCUAACGUUGCAAAAAUCGAUUUUGAACAAAAUUGUCAAUCAUAUGAUUAUUGAUUCAUUAAAUGAAAUGCAAAUCAAAAACAAAAUAUGCACGUUUAGCACAGAGGAUGACAAUCAUCUACCUUCCUUCAUCGUGAACAAGGAUGGUAAAGUAGAUACUAGUACUAUUACUGUUAUUGCCCUUGGCUUAGAAUCAUUUUUAGAGGGAUCGAAGGCACUCAAUACCAUAUUAGAAUCAUCUAUGCUUCUAAACAUCAACUACCAAAAAAUGGAUAUUGAACUAUACGGAAAGUUCAAGACUGAUAACCAAAUGAUUCGGUGUCAAUGUGAUGAACUUUCAAUCAAGUUUUUGGAAGAGGAUUCUUUAUCAUUCUUUAUGCAUGAGAACUUUGGUAAUUUAGAUGAAAUCAUGCUAUACUUGUCAAAGUUCAGAAAGAAAUUAAUGCAGCUGAUUGCAUUGACCGAUGUGAUGGAUACAUUAUAUGCGAACUUCCGUUCAGGAGAUUUCCGUGUUGUGGAAUUGAAACCUAAUGAAAUCAGGUUCAAAUACCUUCCAAUGAAAGACAGUCCGGAUAGCGAAGAUUGUACAAUAAAGAUUGUCACUAAUCAGGAUAAAGUACAGAAAUUGGACAUAAAAUUAAGCGAGCACAAUCCACAAGCAAUGGUUCAAAAGUUUCUUGAUGAACGAGAAGGACUGGUGCAUAACUUCAUAUUUCAUUACUUACAAUUUACUUUACCAUUAUUUCGGGCAACUAUGGAAACAAAAUCUGGAAUUGGGUCUACGCCAUUUGUUAAGGUACAUCUAUUCAUGCAUAGUCUCCAAGAAUAUCACCUCUUAUACAGAAACCACAAAGUAGGCGGGGAAUUGUCGUUCAUUGUCCAACUUAAAUCAGUACUUUGGACUAGAUACAAGGAAGACACGCGUUACUUCAUUCGAUUUGCUCAAGAUUAUUCACAGCAGUCACAACACCCACUAGCAAGCGCUAUAUCAGAUAUACAGAAAAAUGCAUUUUCGUUAGGUUUUCUUAACAACCAAAUUUCUGGUAUUUCUGGAGGGCCUACUACAGCUCAGAAUUCUACAGACCUUCAAGAUCCAGAUUCUAGGGACACGAAAAUGGCUAGUUGGGAUACUAUCUCGUGUGUGCGGUUAGGUUCGGCCUUGGCAUGUUCACAAGAUGAAAUAUUACCCAUCUUACUACAAUUCCACCAAUCGAUCUCUUCCUGCUAA